GGGGGCGGCGCGCGGGGGAGCUGUAACCGGAGCGCGGCGGGCGCAGAGGUCGGGCAGUUAGUCGCCAGCGGCCGCGUGGCGCGCGGCCGGCCCACGUGGAGCAGGAAGCCGCGGGCGGGCGGCGAGCGUGUCCGGACCCCGCGGGCCCCCGGACCCCGGCCUGGCCCCGCCCCGCCCCGCCCCGCCGCGUCUCGCCUCGCGGAGCAGCAGGGCCGCGCGGCCGGGGCGUCUGCGGCGGCGGCCGCGCGGGCGGGAGAUUCAAACGGCCCGAGCGCGGCGGCCGCGGGGACCUCUCCGGCCCGGGCCGCAGAUCGCGCGCCUCCUCCUUCGGCCGGGCCGGGCCGGGGCUGCGUCUCCCGCGGCGAAGGGCCUCAGCCCGGCCCGGGGCGGCUCGGGAGAGGCGUCCCGUGCGGCGGGAGGCCUCCGUCUCCGGCCGCGGUCUCGGCCCCACCCAAGCCCCGCCGCGGGCCGUCAGAUCCCGGGCGCCGUGCGGACUCGCUGCGGGAUGUUCCGCCACGCCGAGGGGGGCUCCCAGCCCCGCGCAGCAGGGCCCGCAGUGGCCUUUGAGGACAGUAAGAUGCCACCCAAGCGCAUAGCUAAAAGAAGGUCACCCCCAGAAGAUGCCCUCCCCAAAAGCAAGAAGGUGAAGGACCAUCGUAACCAGGCAGUGAGGGCCGUUGCUUCACACCGUGUUCCAGGUGUCCACUCCUGCCAGAGUGCCUGCAGGCCCAGCCCUCCUGACCAGAAAACCCGACCAGUCUCACAUAGGUCCCACAACACAGAGCCAGGCUUGGUGCUGACACUGGGCCAGGGCGACGUGGGCCAGCUGGGGUUGGGCGAGAAUGUGAUGGAGAGGAAGAAGCCAGCCCUGGUGCCCAUUCCGGAAGAUAUUGUGCAGGUUGAGGCUGGGGGCAUGCACACAGUGUGUCUAAGCAAAAGUGGCCAGGUCUACUCCUUUGGCUGCAAUGAUGAAGGUGCCCUUGGAAGAGAUACAUCAAUGGAAGGCUCAGAGAUGAUCCCAGGGAAAGUAGAACUACAAGAGAAGGUGGUACAGGUGUCAGCAGGAGACAGUCACACAGCAGCUCUCACUGAAGAUGGCCGUGUCUUCCUCUGGGGCUCCUUCCGGGACAAUAAUGGUGUGAUUGGACUCUUGGAGCCCAUGAAGAAGAGCAUGGUGCCUGUGCAGGUGCAGCUGAGUAUGCCUGUGGUAAAGGUGGCCUCAGGAAAUGACCACUUGGUGAUGCUGACAACCGAUGGUGACCUCUACACUCUGGGCUGUGGGGAGCAGGGCCAGCUGGGCCGUGUGCCUGAAUUAUUUGCAAACCGUGGGGGCCGUCAGGGCCUCGAACGACUCCUGGUUCCCAAAUGUGUGAUGCUGAAAUCCAGGGGAAGUCGGGGUCAUGUGAAAUUCCAGGAUGCCUUUUGUGGUGCCUACUUCACCUUUGCUAUCUCCUGUGAGGGUCAUGUAUAUGGUUUCGGUCUUUCCAACUACCAUCAGCUUGGAACUUCAGGCACAGAAUCUUGCUUCAUACCCCAGAAUCUGACAUCCUUCAAGAACUCCACCAAGUCAUGGGUGGGCUUCUCUGGUGGCCAGCACCAUACAGUCUGCAUGGAUUCGGAAGGAAAAGCGUACAGCCUGGGCCGUGCUGAGUAUGGGCGGCUGGGCCUUGGGGAGGGUGCUGAAGAGAAGAGCAUACCUACUCUCAUCUCCAGGCUUCCUGCUGUCUCCUCAGUGGCUUGUGGAGCCUCUGUGGGAUAUGCUGUGACCAAAGAUGGUCGUGUUUUUGCCUGGGGCAUGGGCACCAACUACCAGCUAGGCACAGGACAGGAAGAGGAUGCAUGGAGCCCCGUGGAGAUGACUGGUAAACAGCUGGAGAACCGAGUAGUCUUAUCUGUGUCCAGUGGUGGCCAGCACACAGUCUUACUGGUCAAGGACAAGCAACAGAGCUGAUGAAGCCUCCAAGGGCCUGACUCCUGGCCCCCUCUGCUCCCUCUCAGAACAGGGAAGCCAUAAGGACUACAGAUUUCAGCAGGCCGCCCCGACCCUGAAUACUCUGUCAUCUCCUGCCUUUUUCCAGAACAGAAGAACAGAACAGAGAAUCCUUUUCCUCUUUUCCUUAUUCCUUUCCAAAAUCAUCCUGGGAUCUGCAGGAUGAAGAAGGGGAGGAGAUGAUGGGAAAGGGGAAAGAGGGUGUUUUGUCUUAAGAACAUUGCUCAUCUGAGAGCUGUGUGGCCAGCCCUUUCCUCCUCAGCUCCACUGGCUAUGGUCCCAGCUGAACCUGCUUUUGCCUACCAAAAACCACAACUCUGUCCCCUGGAGUUAGGUGCUCCAUCAGCUUCACUCUGGUUGUGCACCACUCCUUCCUUUCAGUCAGACAAACAGUACAGUCACUAGAUCCAGAUGCCAUGGAUCUGUGGCUGGGGAGAACUGGAGAAGGAACAGGGCUACCUGGUGGUGGGCAGCCCCACGCCAAAUAUUUGGCCCUGAACAGAUACCCUGGAGGGAAAAAAGAAAAUCUGCAUUUGAUCAAGAAAAAAGCCAAUCAGCCUUUCUCUCAGAAGCACAAAACAUUCUUUCCUUCAGACAUUUCCUGCUUUAUCCAAUCCUUCCAACAUGCCUCACCUUCAAGGCCUCAGAUCUGGAAAGGAAGCUUUGCCUGCAGGGCAGGACAUACUGGGAGGGGGGAGGGGGCCUUUAUAAACAAAUUUAUACCUGGAAUGAGAGUGGUAUGAGGGUGAGGAGGGGUGGAGAGGCUGGUCCCUAGAAAGGAAAGCAGCAGCUUGUAUACUGGCUAAGAAAAUAGAAAACACUUUUUAAAAAAAUGUAUUUUGGAGGAAAGUGGAAACCUUUUAACACUUUUAAUAAAUUAGAGUUUUAUAAA